AUGGCACUGGAUAAGUUCAUUCUGCUAUGCUGCUGCAUCCAUUUGGCUGUGUGCACGGACAGCUUCGAGAUCCCUAACAGGAACACGGACCUGGAUCUGGACCUCGACCUGGAGGCCGAGGAUAGCAUGGUGGACACCGCGCGAUCCUUGGAACCGGGACAGCCCAAGCAGCUAAAUAUACUGCAGCAUUCGGCGGGAUACACAGACUAUGAAUACUAUCAAAGGCCCAGGCCAGGGGUCGUCAAUGAUCAGUACGGGAACGGGAACGGGAAUGGGAACGACAACGAUCUCAGCGCAUCCUCGGCCAUGAAGAGAUUGCAUGAAGAGACCAAUCGGAGACCAGUCAGUGGCGCCGUGCCCCACAAGCCACUGCCUUGGUACGGCGAGUAUUCCGGUAAGCCCAGCGCCGCCAGCGUGCCCAUGUACCCCUCCAGAUCCUACGAUCCUUACAUUCGGCGCUACGACAGGUUCGAUGAGCAGUACCAUCGCGCCUAUCCGCAGUACUUCGAGGACAUGUACAUGCAUCGGCAGCGCUUCGAUCCGUACGACAGCUACAGUCCCCGGGUGCCACACUACCCCGAGCCGUAUGUAAUGUACCCCGACCGCUAUCUGGACACACCCAGGGCCAGGGACUACAUCAAGUCGCGGCGCGGCUACAUCGAUGAUCCCGUCCCGCUGCCCGACUCCUACAAUUCAAAGUACGGCCCUUCCCCGAAGCUAUCCGACCUGACGCUGCCCAUGCGUAACCAGCGGGUGGUGUACUACGCCCAUCUACCAGAAAUCGUACGGACCCCGUACGACAGUACGCGACCGGAAGAGCGCAACUCGGCGGCCAUGACCAUGUCGGCUGCCGCACCGUACAAGCUGAAUAAAAAGAAAAUCAAAAGCAAUCUGCGACCUCUAGGCAAUAAUUCUACCGGCUAUAAAAUGACAUUAUAG